AAUCUGGCAGCAGAACUAAAACUUCUGAUUGCUGCGCAAAUUGUCAACAAAACAAUCGCCAAACAGUAUAAUUAGCGAUUACAUCUGAUUUUUUGGAAAUUACCGACGACUUAAUUAGUUUGUUAAAGGAUACCUUUUUAUGGGGUAUAUAUUAGGCAAAAAAACAUGCAACUAUUCGGAGAAGAAAUAGAUUUACCAUCUUCUGUCACUGCUUACGGAUGGGUUCCGUUUGUUGUUGCUAUUCUGCUCAGUAUCCUGUUUUCUUACGUAUAUGUGAAACAUUUCUGGUGCCGCACAGAUCGAAAUAAAUGUUGUGCUAUUGUAGCUGUAAUUGGUUUGAGCAUAGCUCUUUUGGCAUCCUCCCUACUACCAGUAGAUGUAUUUUUGGUAUCUUAUAUGAAAAACACAGAUGGAUCAUUUAAAGAUUGGGCUACGAAUUCAACUCGCCAAGCUUUAGAGAAUUCGGUGUCUUAUACAUAUUAUGCCUUAUAUGGUAUAAUAUUCUUCUACACAUUCUUCAUAUUGCCAUUAGCUUACUUUUCCUAUGAAGAACAAGAUGAAGACAAUAGACCUUCAAUUAGAGUAUUCACAACAGCUUUCUUGUACACUUUAGUAUUUCUUCUGGUUAUAGCUGGAUUGUUGAUUGCUGGUGUCUUCAUACCUUUCAAGUCUGUACCUCCAUCAAAUUCAACAGAGUGGGGGAAAAUGGAAUUUUUGAUUAAGGAAUUAUACAAAAGUAGGGGGAAAGAUGCUGUCUCAUUUGUUGUAAAUGUUAUCACAAUAUAUGGCAUGAUGAAUCUCAUAUUAUAUACU